GGCUCCGGGGCCCGGCGGCCGCCGCUCUUUUGUUUCCCCGCCGGAGCCCGGGCCGGAGCCGGAGCCGGAGCCGGGCCGGGGUCGGGGUCGUGAUCGGAGCCGGAGCCCGGGUCGGGACCGCGGCCGGGGCCGGGAUCGCGGCCGAGUGGAGCCGGGCCGGAGCUGGAACUCGGCGCGGGCCGAGCCGGGCCGGGUCACAGCCGAGCGGGAUCGGUGGCAGCCGAGCGAGGCCCGGCCGGAGCCGAGGUCGGAGCCGGGCGGGACCGGGCCGGGCCGAGCCGGGCCCCCGCCAUGCGCCCCGGGCCGUCGGCCCCGCGCCCCGCCUGAGCCCGCCAUGGAGCCCCGCGGCGGCCUGGAGGCCGUGGGCAAGUUCGAGUUCUCGCGCAAGGACCUCAUCGGCCACGGCGCCUUCGCGGUGGUCUUCAAGGGGCGCCACCGCGAGAAGCAUGACCUGGAGGUCGCCGUCAAGUGCAUUAACAAGAAGAACCUUGCCAAGUCCCAAACGCUUCUGGGGAAGGAAAUCAAAAUCCUCAAGGAACUGAAACAUGAGAACAUUGUGGCUCUCUACGACUUCCAGGAAAUGGCCAAUUCUGUCUACCUGGUUAUGGAGUACUGUAACGGCGGGGACCUGGCUGACUACCUGCACACCAUGCGCACAUUGAGCGAGGACACCAUCAGGCUCUUCCUGCAGCAGAUUGCGGGUGCCAUGCGGCUGCUGCACAGCAAAGGCAUCAUCCACCGCGACCUGAAGCCCCAGAACAUCCUGCUGUCCAACCCCGGGGGCCGCCGUGCCAACCCCAACAACAUCCGCGUCAAGAUCGCUGAUUUUGGCUUUGCCCGCUACCUGCAGAGCAACAUGAUGGCGGCCACGCUCUGCGGGUCCCCCAUGUACAUGGCUCCCGAGGUCAUCAUGUCCCAGCACUAUGAUGGGAAAGCAGACCUUUGGAGCAUUGGCACCAUCGUGUACCAGUGCCUGACGGGAAAGGCACCCUUUCAGGCCAGCAGCCCUCAGGAUCUACGCCUGUUCUACGAGAAGAACAAGACGCUGGUCCCUGUCAUCCCCCGGGAGACGUCCGCCCCGCUGAGGCAACUGCUCCUGGCCCUGCUGCAGCGCAACCACCGAGACCGCAUGGAUUUCGAUGAGUUUUUCCACCACCCCUUCCUGGAUGCCAGUGCUGCUGUGAAGAAGUCCCCACCAGUGCCUGUACCGUCCUACCCGAGCUCGGGCUCCGGCAGCAGCUCCAGCAGCAGUUCCACGUCACACCUGGCCUCGCCUCCAUCCCUUGGGGAGGCGCAGCAGCUGCAGAAGACACUCACAUCCCCAGCAGAGGCUGCUGGCUUCCUGCACGGCUCCCGUGACUCGGGUGGCAGCAGCAAAGCCUCUUCCUGUGACACGGACGACUUUGUCAUGGUCCCAGCCCAGUUUGCAGGUGACUUGGUUGCUGAGGUGGCCGGGGCCAAGGUGCCGCCAGACAGCCUGAUGUGCAGCGGAAGCUCACUGGUGGCCUCAGCUGGUCUGGAGAGCCGUGGCCGGACACCAUCUCCUUCCCCUCCAUGCAGCAGCUCCCCCAGCCCCUCCGGCCGGGCUGGCCCGUUCUGCAGCAGUCGGUGUGGUGCCUCUGUGCCCAUCCCAGUGCCCACCCAGGUGCAGAACUACCAGCGCAUCGAGCAGAACCUGCAGUCUCCUCCCCACUAUCAGCCUCCCCGGUCCUCUGCCAUCCGCCGGUCAGGCAGCAGCAGCCCCCUGGGCUUCGCUCGGGCCAGCCCGUCUCCUCCAGCCCAUAUUGAGCACGGAGCUGCUAUCACCCGGAAGUUGUCUCUGGGUGGUGGCCGGCCCUACACGCCAUCCCCACAAGUGGGGACUAUCCCAGAGCAGCCAGGCUGGAGCGAGGCCCCCACCUCACACACAGCCGAUCGGGCUGGCAGGUCUCCACGGGCAGGCUCCUCUGCACCUGAGCACUCACCCCGCACCACUGGGCUGGGCUGCCGUCUGCACAGCGCCCCCAAUCUGACUGACCUGCACGUCGUCCGCCCCAAGCUACCCAAGCCUCCCACCGACUCACUGGGGGUAGCAUUCAGCCCCCCGCAGGCCAGCCCACCCCAGCCAUCUCACGGACUGCCUUCCUGUCGGCCCCUGCGCGGCUCACCCAAGCUGCCUGACUUCCUGCAGCGGAACCCCCUGCCCCCCAUCAUGGGCUCCCCCACUAAGGCUGUGCCUGCCUUUGACUUUCCGAAGACCCCCAGCUCCCAGAACCUGCUGGCCCUCCUGGCGCGCCAGGGCGUGGUGGUGGCCCCACCCCGGAACCGCACGCUGCCCGACCUCUCAGAGGCUGCUCCCUUCCAGGGCCCACAACUGGGUUCCGGCCUGCGCCCCCCUGAAGACACCAAGGGCCCUUUUGGCAGGUCCCUUAGCACCGGCCGCCUCACCGACCUGCUCCUGAAGGCUGCAUUUGGGGCGCAGGCCCCUGACUCGGGUAGCACGGACAGCCUGCAGGAGAAGCCCAUGGAGAUCGCACCCUCUGCUGGCUUCGGAGGGAGCCUGUACCCGGGAGCUGCUCGUGCAGGCGCCAGCCCCUCACCUGUGGUCUUCACGGUGGGGUCCCCACCCAGCGGGACCACGCCGCCCCCUGGCCCCCGCUCCAGGAUGUUCUCAGUGGGCUCCUCCAGCUCCCUCAGCUCAGCCGGCUCCGCCUCUGCCCGUCACCUGGCCCCUGGUGCCUGCAGCGAGGCCCCUGCUGAGGGCCCCGGUCACUGCUGCAGCUAUGCCGACCCCGUCACCGCCAACCUGGAGGGGGCUGUGACUUUUGAGGCCCCCGACCUCCCCGAGGAGACCCUCAUGGAGCAAGAGCACACGGAGAUCCUGCACCGGCUGCGCUUCACCCUCGUCUUCGUGCAACACGUCCUGGAGAUCGCGGCCUUGAAGGGCAAUGCCGGCGAGGCUGCUGGGGGUCCCGAGGAGCUGCAGGAGAGUGCGGUAGCUGACCAGAUCAGCCUGCUGAGCCGCGAGUGGGGCUUUGCGGAGCAGCUGGUGCUGUACUUGAAGGUGGCCGAGCUCCUCUCCGUGGGCCUGCACACGGCCAUCGAGCAGAUCCGCGCCGGCAAGCUCUGCUUGUCGUCCACCGUGAAGCAGGUGGUGCGGAAGCUGAACGAGCUGUAUAAGGCGAGCGUGGUGUCCUGCCAAGGCCUGAGCCUGCGGCUGCAGCGCUUCUUCUUGGACAAGCAGCGGCUGCUGGACCGCAUCCAGAGCGUCAGUGCCGAGAAGCUCAUCUUCAGCCACGCUGUGCAGACGGUGCAGUCCGCUGCCCUGGACGAGAUGUUCCAUCGCCGGGAAGACUGUGUCCAGCGCUACCACAAGGCCCUGCUGCUCAUGGAGGGGCUGCAGCACAUCCUCAGCGACCAGGCAGAUGUGGAGAACAUUGCUAAGUGCAAGGUGUGCAUUGAGCGGAGACUCUCGGCCCUACUGACUGGCCUCUGUGCUUGACCCGGAGGCUUGGACCCUGUGCCCAGCUCUUGAAGUGGGCUCAGCACGCUGGUGGACUCCAAGUGACAAGCCUGAAGCAUGGGUACUGCCCAGAGGACCAGCUCUGCUGAUGGGCAAGGACCCCGGCUCUGCCAGUGGGACUUCAGGGUAUUGGGGGGGCUUGCACAGGACUGCACCCCAGGCCACCUCCCAUGGUAGGUGAGCUCACCUGGGUGUUCCCCAGCCCUGCAGGCCCCGCUCCCAGGACACACAGGGCCCUGGGACAGCGCUGCCUUCUCAAGCCAAAGCCGCAGGCCUGCCCAGGGUCCACCCCGGAAAAGGCCCCUCCUUCCCCACACUACCCACCCGCCCAGCUUUGUGAAUCACCGAGCACUUUACCAGGCAGACUUGACUGGCUUUCGCCAGGCCAGCGGCUGCCUCUGCGUGUACAUGCCAUAUCCUAGGGAUGCGUGCCAGAGCCUGGGAGCGCCAGACACAGUGGCUCUGGUGUCUCUGGGACAGUCUGUGUGAAGCAGCAGCUCCCCAGCCCGGGACAGGCGUCCCUCACACUCUACUCCUCAGAUGUGUCUUAAUUCUCUGCAGCUCCUCACGUUAGAAAGGAGCCCAUGGUCAGGCUUUGUCUUGCACAGCUAGCAGAGCAGGCUCAGGAGGCAACACCCUGGCAGCGCGGGGAGCGUGGCCCAGAGACCUCGCACCCACUCUCCCUGCAUCUGAGCCCUCCUGGCUGCCAUGGUGGGGCCAGUCAGGUUGAGGGGCCUCCUCGGCCCAUCCGGAUGGCCCUGCAGAGUGCAGAAGAUGCCCGUGGAGCCCGGCUCUCGGCACAGAUGGGCAGUCUGUGUUUGUUUGCAACACCUCAACACUUGCAGUGCUGGAAGAAAACUGGGGACAUGCCUUUUGGGCCCGGUGACUGUUCUGGCUGCAGAUUGGGGUCGUAUUAAUUGCUUUACAGCAACUGGAUUCCAGGGCUGGGCACUGCAGGGGGGCAGGGCCGGGCCUGGGCCCUCAUGUCUGUGUUGAAAGGAAUUUGUGUGAUUUCCUCCCCCUUUUGCGUUGAAUUGUGUAAUACCCAUUUACGGAAAUAAACUUCUGAGUUGUCA